AUGGACCGAGUUCAUGGAAGAACAAAAAGUGUAGAAAGCGAGGAUAUGCCACCAUUUAGGCCAUAUGGUGGGGAUGAGAUAAGAGUGGUUAGCGAUUUGUCCCGUUUCCAUUUUCAAGAAGGUAAUAGUGUGCGAUCACGUUCUAGAAAUACUACGCCUACAAAUACUGAUGUCUCAGAUACUCAAUCUUCAGGUAAGUUGACUCUUGAUACGAUUAUACCCCUUUACUCAUCAAAAAUUGAUGAUAGGAAUAGGUAUAAACCUUUGGGUACAAAAUGCCAAGAAGAAGAAAAAGAGGCGUUGAUGGUGAUGGUGACAGAAGAAGAAGAAGAUGCAAAAAGGAAGAAGAAAGAUGAGCCGAUUGUUGCUGAGAAGAAGAGAUAUGAGCAUAUUGUUCCUGAAAAGAAGAGAGAUGUGUCGAUUGUUGUUGAGAAAAAGAGAGAUGUGUCGAUUGUUCCUGAAAAAAAGAAAGAUGAGCCGAUUGUUACUGAAAAGUUAUUAUCCUUGCCCAAAACUCGACGUUUAAUAAGAAAGAGGGUUUCCGUUGGUGUUCAAGUUCCUCAAGACCAUAUUCCUCCGAGAAGCCCAACUCCGCCGCCAAAGGAUGAUUUGCCAAAGGAUGGUUUGCCAAAGGAUGGUUUGCCAAAGGAUGGUUUGCCAAAACUGUUGGAUAAACAGAAUGAAUUUUCGCCAUACCCUAUCUCAGUCACCGAUCUUCAACAAGUCGACCAAUUACCGCCAUUACCUCAACCUACAGAAGACCUAUUUCUGCAAGAAAAUCAAAUUGAAACCGAAAAAGAAAGUUCAAGUAUGUCGUCGCGACAAAAACAAUUGGAACAUGAUUUGGUCAAAAGAGUAAUGAAUAGACCUUUGGUGUCGAUAAAAACUGACCGAUUUGGGGACAAGUAUCGAGGUAAACGCAUCACAAUCACGGUGAACUUUGUUUUAUACAUAUUCGAACAAUGCUGCAGUAUAGUUGGGAUUGUGUUAGCUUCUGUCUUGUUGAAACAUGAUAGUUUUGUGCCUGAUUCAAUAUAUCGAUAUUUCCUAGCCGAUGGAUGUAUAUCGUUAAUUGUCUCACUCCUUUUCGCUUUCCAAAUUGUCAACUACGAAAAAAGAAACGGAAGUUUUUAUUGCUUAGCUGCAACAAUCAUCAAGUUUGUUUCCUUCAUAAUGGUUGUUUCAUAUUUGUUCCCACUUGCCUAUUACCAAACUCAGCAAAUAUGGCUGAUGAGAAGAGCAAUCGGGGCGUUUAUUAUAAUAUCUACAUUCCUUUGGCUUGUAAACUUAACCAUGUUUUUAACUACAUUGUUCAUUUCAAGAUUAAAUCUCUUGGAGGAAUUGAACUUUGACUAUGAUUAUAAGGGAUUGGAUGAUCAGUUCAAUAGAAAACCACAAGGGUAUACUAUUGAAAACGAACCUUUGAGGGAGUUUUUCCUAAAUGAAAAUGGUGAGAUGUAUGCAUUGAAUGAAGACUGGGAGAAGGAACAGUAUAAAAAUAAUAAUAAAAUCUUGGUUUAUACUUAUUAA